AUGUCGGGAGCUCUGCGGCCCUCCCUGGGCCGGGCCUGCGGUGGUGGCAGCGUCUUGGUGCUUGAAAAGCGGGUGAGAGCAGCUCAGGAACAGGAGCCUGUUAGUUACAGCGUGUCACUGAAUUUUGUGCGAUGGAAUGAAAUUACCAAAUAUUUCCGAGCUGGAAUGCCGUUAAGGAAACACAGGCAACAUUUCAAAAAACAUGGAAGCUGUUUUACUGCAUCAGAAGCUGUAGACUGGCUUCAUGAAGUGUUAAGGAGUAACAGUAACUUUGGUCCUGAAGUUACUAGGCAGCAGACUGUUCAGUUAUUAAGAAAGUUUCUCAAGAAUCAUGUAAUUGAAGAUAUAAAAGGGAGAUGGGGAUCUGAAAAUUUAGAAGACAAUGGUGCACUUUACAGAUUUCCUUCAACAUCUCCAGUUAAACCUCUACCAAGCUCAUGUCCACCGAAAGAAAACUUGGAAAACUUCUCUAGAGACAAAGAAAGACUUCUUAAACUGCCACAUUUAUCCAGGAGAACUUUCAAAAAACAUGAGUUACUGCAGUCUCUGGAAAAUUUAGAAAAAACAAACCCACAGGAAAACAAGGAAGACACACUGCAUAGGAAGGAAAUAAGCCAGGAAUAUGUGCAAGAAACUUGGAGAAAUAUCAUUCUAAUCCAUUUGCAAACCAUUUUAGGCCUCCCAUCUUUGGAGGAAGUUUUGCAGCCAACACAGAUCAUUCCCGAAUAUGUCAUAUACAACGUGACUAACACGAGCAAACAUGGUGUUGUUAUUUUGCAGAACAAGUCAGAGGAUCUCCCUCACUGGGUGUUGUCAGCUAUGAAAUGCCUCGCAUACUGGCCUAGAAAUAAUGACAUGAGCCAACCAACUUACAGUGGGUUUGAACGGGAUGUGUUCAGAACGGUUGCUGAUUACUUUCUCAGUCUCCCUGAACCAUUACUUACUUUUGAAUACUAUGAACUGUUUGUUAAUAUUCUAGUUAUGUGUGGCUGCAUCACAAUUCCAGAUAUAUGCAGUGGAAAACAUUUUGUCCAAGAUGAGAAAUGUGACUCUCAACCUUCAAAAAUUCUUCACUUGAACUCUUUCAAGUCAACUGAGUGUCUUCUUCUAAGCCUACUUCGCAAAGAGCCUGACAAAAAAAAGAAAGAAUAUGAAGCUUCCAGGAAACCUUCUUCAAAAGAGAUAAUUAUUCAAAAACAAUGUGCAAGGAAACUGCAGCAGUGUAAACUGUCAUGUAAACCAGGUAGUGCUCAUCCUCUAAUAGCUGGAAGCUGUCAGAAUCUUUCAGGUUUCAGGAAUGAACAAGAUCCACCUCAACCAUUUAGGACGAGAUGUUAUUCUUUGGAAAGAAUUGGAGCUCCUACUUCAAGUGUAUGUAAUAAAGGAGAAUCUGGUUCCCUCAGGCAAAGUGGUGUGAACACCAUUCUGGGCACAAGAAAUGGAAAACAAUCGCUACCAUGUGAGCACAAAGCUAGUUCUGUACUGGAGCUUGGUUUUGAUAACACACACCAAAACCAAACCCCUGGUAUCAUGAGAGUGUCUGCCUCAACUCUUCAGCAGAAAGAGCUGUUUGAUGAAAAUCACGGGUCGAAGCAAAUAUGCAGGUCUCUGAGUUUACUUGGCAAGAAGAACUCCAAAAGUUGUGCUAGCAUUAAUAUACCAGCUGCUGAAAUCACAGUAAAGCCACGGUCUCAAUUUUGUGGGCGAGGAAAACCAAAUACCUCUGGUGUGGCUUCUUCAGUGGACAUCAGGACUGAGGUUUCUGAUAUCACCAUCAAUAAAAGACUCUGCAAAAGUACCAUAGAACUCUCAGAAUAUUCUUUCCCUCCCUCUUCUUAUAUGUUGACUGGCACGCAAA